CGAAACCGAAACUUGCACGGGAAAUGGGCGUCCGAGCGAGGCAAGGGCCACGUCUCCUGAAUGCAACAACACAGAGUUGCUUCCUAGUGCCGUUGUCUUGGCCGUGCAGUGAGGACCUGCCUUACGCCGUCAUCUCGCCGUGGCCCGUGGGCCCCACGCUGCAGUCCAUUGCGGACCCGAGCGCGCUGGCGCACCCGUGGCUGCCGUCCGAGCUCUUCGCGUUCGCGCAGUCCGCGGGCCAGCAGGGCCUCGUCGACAGGCUGAAGCGCGUGCUGUACGUCACCCUCCUGCCGAGGUUCAUGGCCCUCGCGGGCUUCCACGAGCCCCGGCGGCGGCUGCGGGCGGAGCUCGGGCUGGCGGGCGCCCUGGAGCUCCUGGAGGCGCCGGUCUGGGGGCCGCGGAACGAGAAGCCUCUCGUCCUGGUGCUCUCCCACUGGGGCUUCGACCGGCCGCGGCCGCUGCCGCCCAACCUGCUGCUGGUCGGCCCCGUGGAGAACUAUCCCUGAGCAUGGUGGGCCGCGAGGGGCUGCCGGGGCCCGUGGCCGCGCUCCUGCGGCACCCGCAGGUGAUCUACGUCUCUUUCGGCACCAACGUCGAGCCCCGCCCGCGCACCACGCGCGCGCUGCUGGAGGGCAUGGAGCUGCUGGAGCCCGCGGGCUUCCGCUUCCUGUGGGACGCGGCGCAGGCGGACGUGGAGGCUCCCGGGCCGCCCACCG